UCCGGGUUUAUCUGCGGCCCGUGCUGCUGACUCCGAUGGCAUUUCCUGUGUUCGCUCUGUAACAGCUGUGUGCGGCGGCAGCUGGAUGCUUUAUUCCUGCCUGAACCGCUACACAGCCGCCUAACUUCACAACGCCUCCAUAACCGUCCCUAUCUCUUUCUAUAUCUCUAUCUCUCUCUCCACUGACAGACAGCACAGCGUUCUGGGCAUAACCUAACCUCGUUUUAUUUUUUCACCGCUUUAAUUUAGCUCUAAUCCAGUCGUCAAGGGCGUGUGCUGCUGGAUGGUCACUUCUCUCUUGCAGGACAUCACGGUUGUCACGUCCUAAACCUAAAGACUAGCGUUGUAUUUGCUAGUAUGUUUAGCACUUUAAUUCGAGACGACACACACACACACACACACACACAGGACAUGUAGGCAACUUAAAUAGACGUUUAAAUUGAAUGACGUGGGGGAAAACGACGUCAUAAAGAAGUCCUCGGGAAAAAAAAAAAACAACUAGAUAACUAGCUAGCUGCCGAGCUAACGCGCGCGAGGAGUGGCGGACGGAGAAAGUGAAGAAGUGUGCUGUCGUGUUGUGAUGUGGGAUGAUGGAGUCUUUUGGAUAUCGUGUUAGCUAGUUUUGCUAGCCUGCUAGCUCCGUUGCCGUUUACAAGGGGCGAAGUUACAACAUCAACAUUGCUGAAAAGGUGGUGUGCACCAAAUUAUUCACACAUUGGCAGACAGCACAGCAUCGUGUGUGACGGGCAGCCUGGAAGGCGGGAUGAAGGAGGAGAACCUGUUCCGUCGGCGUUUUUCUCUGUGUCCCACCGCCACCACUCCACCCAAAAUAGAUCCACGUGCUCUGGGCCGCAACCUGUCAUACGGAGGGGACAAUGAGAUGGAUCCAAUCAGCCCAGGCAGUGAGUUGGAGAAGAAUGGUUUGCCUUUACUGAGAGAUGAGGUCAGCCCAGGCCAGUCUCCCAGUAGUGCCUCAGAAUCAAAGAUGUUUAUAGGUUUGGAGAAGGAGAGCUCCUCACCCACUGAAAGGCUGGCCAGAAAGGAAUCUCUAAAGGUUCAAAAAAAGAAUUACCGUCAGGAAAAGAAGAGGGCAGCCAAAGAACUAUCCAGUGCUCUGAAGGACCCAAGUGUGGUCAUAAUUUCUAACUGGUUAAAGAUCCGGGGAACACUGAAGAGCUGGACUAAGCUGUGGUGUGCUCUGAAGCCUGGAGUUCUCCUGAUCUAUAAAACACCAAGCUCUGAGCACUGGGUGGGGACUAUUAUAUUAAACGCCUGCAAGCUGAUUGAAAGGCCAUCGAAGAAAGAUGGCUUCUGCUUCAAACUUUACCACCCUUUAGACAAGUCCAUCUGGGCCAUGAAGGGUCCUAAAGGAGAGACAGUUGGCUCCAUCACACAGCCUCUUCCUGGCAAUUACCUGAUUUUUAGAGCAGCAUCUGAGUCUGAUGGCCGUUGUUGGAUGGAUGCAUUGGAGUUGGCACUCAGCUGUUCCAGCCUGUAUAAGCUGACUGCUAAGUGCUGCAGGGACGGGGACCUUAGCAGCUCCUCCGAGUCCUCGCACAUACUUCAGCUUUUGCAGUCCACUGCCCUAAGUGACCAGGAACUUCUACAGUUGAAUGACUCCAUGCUUGAAAACAGCCAGAUGGAGAAUGAAUCUGAGAGAGAGGCCCACGAAGACUCCGAUAAUGCAGCCAAUGAAAACGGUGGGAGAUUAACUGAGGAGAGCGAUAUGGACCAAUCUGAUGACCUUUUGCCCUGCCUCCAAGCAACACUGUAUGUUGAACAAGGACAGGAAGAGAUGGGCGAGGCUGGUGAAGCAUCUCAGGUGGAAACGGUGUCAGAAGAGAAUAAAGGGUUAAUCUGGACAUUGCUGAAGCAACUGAGGCCUGGCAUGGACCUGUCCAAAGUAGUCCUGCCUACCUUCAUCCUGGAGGCACGCUCGUUCCUGGACAAACUUUCUGACUAUUACUACCACGCCAACCUGCUCUCACAGGCAGUCACUGAGGAAAGCCCAUACUGCAGGAUAAAGCAAGUCUUACGCUGGUACUUGUCGGGCUUUUAUAAAAAACCUAAGGGUUUGAAAAAGCCAUACAACCCCAUUCUCGGGGAAACAUUCCGUUGCUGUUGGCUGCACCCUCAGACUGACAGUUGUACAUUUUACUUAGCGGAACAGGUAUCUCAUCACCCUCCUAUCUCAGCUUUUCACGUGAGCAAUAAGAAGGAUGGCUUUAUCAUCAGUGGUAGCAUCCUGGCCAAGUCCAAAUUCUACGGGAACUCUCUGUCAGCAAUACUGGAUGGAAAGGCCAGACUGUUGUUUUUACCACGCGAUGAGGAAUACGUCAUUACAAUGCCAUACGCUCACUGUAAAGGCAUUCUGUAUGGUACAAUGUCUCUGGAGCUCGGAGGAAAGAUCACCAUUGAGUGUGAAAAAACAAAGUAUUCUGCUGAGCUUGAAUUCAAAUUGAAGCCUUUCCUCGGCAGCUCGUGUAACGUUAACCAGGUUUCUGGAAAGAUCCGUAUGGGAGAGGAUAUGUUGGCAACGGUGGAAGGACACUGGGAUGGUGAGGUGCUUCUCUACGAGAAGAAGACUGGCCACCAUGAGUUGCUGUGGAACCCCACACCUGACGUACGCGCUCAGCGGCUGAAGAGGCAGGUGGUCAAGCUUGAUCAGCAGGGACCCUUUGAGUCGGAAAGAUUAUGGCAACAUGUGACCAGUGCCAUUAUUGCCAAAGACCAGAACAAAGCUACACAGGAGAAGUUUGUUCUGGAGGAAGCACAGAGGCAGGAGGCACGGCAAAGAGGGGACCGGCCCUGGAGCCCACACCUUUUCAACCUGAACUCCAUCACCAACGAGUGGACCUACAAACAUAUAGACACUAAGGCAUGGGACCCUGACAGCUGCCUGGUUCAGUUUGAGAAAGACGGCAUCAUCCAGACCGAAGAAAAGCCCCAGCGUCAGCACAAUGGCUUCACCUACCGCCAGAACUGGAGCAGCCAGCAGAAGGCCAAGGCUCAUGGAAAGCACAGGAAAUCAAGCAGCCAGCCAUCCAGCUGUAGUCAAAACACAGAAAGCAGCAGCAGCACUCCAGAACCAACACACGAAUCCUCCGACAAUGAAGGUUUUGGCAGCCAGUGCGCCAGAUGCAGUAAAGAAAAGAAGGACCUUGCACAAAUAGAGGCCUCUAUAGCGUCCAUACAGAAGUCACAGCAGGACAUUCAGAGAAAUCUGAGCGUGUUGAAUCGAGAGCUGAUGCGGCGUGCGGACCAGACUGUCCAUCUGAGCGUCCGUCACUGCUUCGGUCUGUGUGUCCUGCUGCUCUUCCAACUCCUCAUCAACUACGUCUUCAGCUGAGAGACAGUCAUCUAGUUGCUCUGAGUUCAUUUCAUCACAACUGUUGCCUAGCAAUAAACACAGUAAUAAACUCCCAACACUACACAGCUCCCGAGGGUCCCAUUUACUGUAGCUCCAGGCACUCAGCACUUCAGAAAUGCAGAGCUCAAGACUCUUUUUAACCAAUGAACGAUAGAAGAAAAACUGUACCGAUGCAGUGCCGCUCUUGCUGAUGGAUGUGUAACUUAUUUUAUACUUUUUUCAUUGUCAUUGUUGUGUGUGAUAGACACAUUCAAGCUCCAUGGGCAGCUGUGGCAUGUGAGUGUGAGGGUAUGAAUGAUGGUGAGCGCACGUGGGAAUCAGUUUGUUUCCCAUUCAGUCUAUGUUGUUGGGCCUUAAUGCUAAAGCCAAAUAGAAAAGUCAAAACAGAAGAAUAGUCUGUGGAAGAACAUCUAUCAGUGCAGUUCUGUGUGCUUUUUUUUUUGUAUAAGUCUAAUUAAAACAAUGUGACUCCACUGAAAAAUAAUGGUUUUACCAAAACAGUAUUCCUCAGUGGUUCAAUUGUGUUUACAUGUUUGUUUCUGCACCCUAUGCUUAAAAAAAUGCACUCUGUCCAAUCAAUAACUUGUAUGGAUGAAGGAAUGUUAAAAUGUUACACGUCCUAAUGAAACUAGAAUAAACAAUCAGCCAUAGUCCAGAGUACAGAUCCCCGAGGCUGCUGUAGCGUUUGGGUUGGUACUGGUACAUUGUUAGCUUAUAUUGGUCUUGAAUUUCAAUGAAGUCUAUUAUAUGAUAUGCGAUGAGGGUUCUGUGAUCAAAUGUGUAUAUAUUUGUUUGAAACACAAUGCCAUUUUAAAUGAAAUCAAGAAUGUAUUUAUUAGAAUCUUCCUUUUUUUUGUAAGAUUGCUAUUUUAAAAAAAAUAUGCAUCACACUCAUUCAGGUUUUCUGGGAGCAAUAUGGUCAUUGUUCUUCCGCAAAUAAAAGUGUGGAACGGUGAGACAGGGAUGUAGAUGGCCAGCUGUUCUCUCAUCUGCCUGUAUUGUACAUACACCAGAUAAACUGUAGAGCCCUGUUGUGAUUUGACUUUGAGCACACAAAUUUUUCCAUUGUAGCUGAUGCAAGUUUAGCACGCUAGAUCAAAAACGCACGCCUCAAGUCAUCAUAAGGCUCCAUAAAUGCAGGAGUGAGGAGACAGAUGGCUUUUUUUGUUUGUAUGUAUGUAUGUUUGUUUUUUACAUUUAAGGCACUCUGUAAAACUGUUCUAAAUGGAUAAAAAAUACAAAUAGCUCACUGAAUGUCAAUACUUAUUACAUAUUGCAGCACUACAGUAAACUUUUCAACUUUCA